AUGCAUAAAAAUUCGAUAAUUAAAAAUAACAGAAUUUCAUUUCACCGUAUAAAUAUGCCUAUGAAAUUAUCUGAUCAACCUCAUGAUUUAUCUUAUUAUACGACAUGGUGGUUAACACCAGAACCUUCGAUAUCACCUCAAACUACAACAUUAUCUGAUUCAGAUGAUAAUAUACUUGUAAAUGAACAUGGAAAAAAACAAAAAACGACUAUCAACGAAAUAACAUUAACAUGUUGUAUUCCAAUGAAAACAUGUCGAUCAAAAUAG